AUGGAGGCCCUGCUUCCUGUUCUUAGGGGGUACCCACUUCCCUCAGUUCUGGUGAUCGCUCUCCUCUUCAGGGUGGUCGACCAGUUCCUCCAAAAGCUCCCAGUGCCUAAAUUGGUCCAGCAAGACAAGUUUCAUGCCUGGAGGUGGAGGAACUUGUCAGUGUCCAUGGUGCAUUCACUGCUCACUGGCACAUGGGCCGUGACCUGUGCCGUGGUGUGGCCUGAGACGCUGCAGGACCUCCAUCUGUACCACACGCCCCUGUCCUACCUGCUUGUCUGUGUCUCAACAGGAUACUUUAUACAAGACGCAUUUGACAUCAUUUGCAGUGGAUAUGCCCGGGGUUCAUGGGAAUUCCUGCUGCAUCAUGCUCUGGUGCUGAGCUGCUUCAUCUACUCUCUCCUCACUCACAUGUACGUUGCUGGGGCAGUUGUUGCUCUGUUUGUAGAGGUCAACAGUGUGACGCUGCACCUGCGCCUCCUACUGAAGCUAGCUGGAGCUCAGGCCACUGCUCUGUACCACAUCAACAAAGUGACCAAUAUCAUCACGUAUGUGAUCUUCCGCCUGUUUACCCAGUUCUACCUCACCUGGGGGCGCGUGCAUUUUCCCAAACUCCUCUUCCCUCCUCUUCCCUCCUCUUCCCUCCUCUCCCUCCUCUUCCUCCUCUUCCCCUCCUCACCCUCCUCUUCCCCUCCUCACCGCACUCGCAGUGUCCCGGGGAAGGCUAGGUUCCACGAAACGCGUGUCAAAGUUGAGGGCUUCCUCCGUAGCACGAGGCUAAAGGAAAAGGGAAGAGUUUGGGACGCUGUGCGUGGGCAGUGCGCUCUGCUGUUGACGUGA